AUGCCUCCAAGAGUCAAGGUCAACUUUCACUACGAUAUUGGGUCCUCCUACUCGUACUUUGCAUAUGAAAUUCUUCUUCGCUAUGAGAAACUCUGGAAUAUAGACUUGCAACUGACCCCGAUCCUCCUCGGCGGUCUUGUCAUCUGUCUCACCAUCACCAAUCACCUCUACGUGACCAUCGUCGACACGUUAAUCUCGGUUGGGAUAGAACAAGGAUACACAGAGAGUAUCACAGGAAAUACAAGUCAUGGCCCAGAGUUUCCAGGUAACACCUUCAUGGUGAUGCGCAUGCUUCGAUACCUCAAGGACAUUCUUCCUCCUGAAAAGUUCAAAGCAGCUACUCGACACUACUUUCGCGAAAACUUUGUCGUCAAUACCGCACUCAGUUCUCCAUCCUUCAUAACUUCUCUUUCACCCUCCAUCCUCUCACCUGAAGAGAUGAAAGACGCCCUUAUCAAGUUCAAGGAUAAAUCCGUCACCGAUGCCAUGAAAGCUGAAGCGGCCGCUCUCGUCCAAGACUUUGGGGCCUAUAUACCCGGGCUCGGUCAUUCAACCCAAACUCUUACUACAACCACUCCACUCAACAAAAUGCCCCCCAGAGUCAAGAUCAACUUUCAUUACGAUAUCGGAUCUUCCUACUCCUAUAUUGCGUACGAAAUUCUUCUUCGUUACGAAAAGCUCUGGAAUGUGGACCUGCAACUGACCCCAAUACUCCUCGGAGGCGUCUUCCAAUUAACCGGGAACACCUCCCCAGCCGCGUCGGCGUACAAGGCAGCCCACAUGUUGAACGACUUGCGUCGAGUUUCAGCAGAAACCCAAGGUCCAGAGUUCCCGGGCAACACCUUUUUGGUGAUGCGCAUGCUGCGAUACCUCAAGGACGUUCUUCCCCCUGAGAAGUUUAAGGCAGCUACUACGCACUAUUUCGUAAGUAAUAGAGCUUGUAAAUUUAGGCUAUCUUCUGACAUUGUCAUUGUUAUGGGAUCUGUUGUACAGCGUGAAAACUUUGUCGUGAAUACCGCACUCAGCUCUCCAUCCUUUAUAACAUCUCUCCCUUCCUCUAUUCUCUCAAAGCAAGAGAUGGAGGAGGCGCUACUCAAGUUCAAGGACAAGUCUGUCUCCAAUGCCAUGAAGGCCGAGUCGACUGCCCUUGUCCAAGAAUAUGGUGCAUUUGGGUUCCCUUGGAUCGUUGUUACUAGGAAUCCUACUGCUAUCAACCCUGCAGCUGAUGGUGAUAGCACUGCAUGUUUCUUUGGAUCAGAUAGGUUUGCAAAUAUUGCCUGGUGGUGCGUCUUGUUCAGUCACAUUCUCACCCAUUCGCCUCAUUCAUUACUUCUGUAUCAUGAAACAGGCUCGGACCAGAAUACCCUUGGUUGGGACCAGUACCUUCCAAGGCUAAUCUCUGAACUAGGCAUCGAAAUUUCUUCAGAAACGCUUAUCAAGGAUUGUGAAACAAAUCUGUCCAUGUGCCAAAGCUAUUCUAUACAGUUUUGUGAAAAUGAAUUACAAGGUUUACAUAUUCACAUUAUGAGACAUUAG